AUGCGUGUGGCUCCUUCUUCUCCCGCUCCAGCGCCGGACGCGCUCCCCUCAGUCUCGCGAUACUUCCUCCCCCCGCGGGAAUUAUUUGAACUCUCGAGCGGUAACCACACCCUGGGGCUUCGAGGAGCCCUGAGGCUGGCUUGUGGCGGUCUGAGGAGACUGAGGAAAACUUGGCUUUGGGUUGACCGACCACGGCCAGGGCUGGUCUCGGCUGGGUCACGGCGCUAUGGGAGCGGAGAAGAGGCUGCUCUCGAUUAAGGAGGCCUUUCAGCUGGCCCAGCAUCCGCACCACAACCAGGCGAAGCUGGUGGUGGCGCUGAGCCGCACCUACGGCACGAUGAACGAUAAAGCAGUUUUUCAUAAGGAGUUCAUUCAUUACCUUAAAUAUGCUAUGGUGGUCUAUAAACGUGAACCAGCUGUGGAGAGGGUAAUAGAAUUUGCAGCAAAGUUUGUUACUUCAUUUCACCAAUCAGAGAUGGAAGACGAUGAUGGUGAAGAUGGUGGCAUUUUAAAUGAUUUGUUUACUUUUCUCUUAAAGUCUCAUGAAGCAAACAGCAAUGCAGUCAGAUUUAGAGUGUGCCAGCUAAUAAACAAGCUCUUGGGAAGUAUGCCAGAAAAUGCUCUGAUUGAUGAUGAUUUGUUUGAUAAAAUUAAAGAAGCCAUGCUUAUUAGAUUGAAAGAUAAAAUUCCAAAUGUUAGAAUACAAGCAGUUCUGGCUCUUUCAAGACUUCAGGAUCCCAAAGACGAUGACUGCCCUGUGGUUAAUGCAUAUGCUACUUUGAUUGAAAACGAUUCAAAUCCAGAAGUUAGGCGAGCAGUGUUAUCAUAUAUUGCACCAUCAGCAAAGACUCUGCCAAAAAUAGUAGGACGCACCAAGGAUGUGAAAGAGGCUGUCAGAAAGGUGGCUUAUCAGGUUUUAGCUGAAAAGAUUCAUAUGAGAGCUAUGUCCAUUGCUCAGAGAGUAAUGCUUCUUCAACAAGGUCUUAAUGACAGAUCAGAUGCUGUGAAACAAGCAGUGCAGAAGCAUCUUCUCCAAGGCUGGUUACGUUUCACUGAAGGAGAUAUUUUAGCGUUGCUUCAUCGGUUGGAUGUGGAAAAUUCUUCUGAAGUGGCAGUCUCUGUUCUCAAUGCCUUAUUUUCAGUGACUCCUGUUAAUGAACUGGUGGGGAUCUGUAGAAACAAUGAUGCCAGGAAAUUAAUUCCAGUGGAAACAUUAACUCCUGAAAUUGCAUUGUAUUGGCGUGUCCUUUGUGAAUAUUUGAAAUCAAAAGGAGAUGAGGGUGAAGAGUUUAUAGAGCAGAUUUUGCCAGAGCCUGUUGUAUAUGCAGAGUACUUACUAAGUUAUAUUCAGAGCAUUCCAGUUGUUAAUGAUGAACAGAGAGGUGAUUUUGCCUAUAUUGGAAAUUUGAUGACAAAGGAGUUCAUAGGUCAACAAUUGAUUCUAAUUAUCAAGUCUUUGGAUACCAGUGAGGAAGGAGGGAGGAAACGACUGCUGGCUUUCUUACAGGAGAUUCUUAUUCUACCAACAACUCCAAUUUCCCUGAUUUCUUUUCUUGUUGAGAGACUGCUCCACAUCAUUACAGAUGACAAUAAAAGGACAGAAAUUGUUACAGAAAUUAUCUCAGAGAUUCGGGCACCCAUUGUUACUGUUGGUGUUAAUGAUGAUUUAGCUGAUGCAAGAAAGAAAGAACUCAAGAUUGCUGAAAUAAAAGUGAAACUUAUUGAGGCAAAAGAAGCUUUGCAAAACUGUAUUACUAUACAGGAUUUUAAUCAGGCAUCAAAACUAAAAGAAGAAAUAAAAGCAUUAGAAGAUGCCAAAGUAAACCUAUUGAAAGAGACAGAGCAACUUGAAAUCAAAGAAGUCCACAUAGAGAAGAACGAUUCUGAGACACUGCAGAAGUGUCUUAUUUUGUGUUAUGAACUGUUGAAGCAGAUGUCCAUUUCAGCUGGUAUAAGUGCAACCAUGAAUGGGAUCAUUGAAUCUUUGAUUCUCCCUGGAAUAAUAAGUAUUCACCCUGUAGUAAGAAAUAUGGCUGUUUUAUGUUUGGGAUGCUGUGGACUACAGAAUAAGGAUUUUGCAAGUAAACACUUCAUGUUACUAUUGCAGGUUUUGCAAAUUGAUGAUGUCACAGUAAAAAUCAGUGCUUUAAAGGCAAUCUUUGACCAACUGAUGACGUUUGGGAUUGAACCAUUUAAAACUAAAAAAAUCACGGCCCCUCAAGGUGAAUACUCAGAAAUAAACAGUGAUGACAAGCAAGAGUUGAGAGAAGCUGAAGAAGAGACUGCUACGGCUAAGAAUGUUCUGAAACUCCUCGCUGAUUUCCUAGAUAAUGAGGUGUCUGAACUCAGAACAGGAGCUGCAGAAGGACUAGCCAAGCUGAUGUUCUCUGGGCUUUUGGUCAGCAGCAGGAUUCUUUCUCGUCUUAUCUUGCUAUGGUAUAAUCCCGUGACUGAAGAGGAUGUGCGACUUCGACAUUGCCUAGGAGUCUUCUUCCCCGUGUUUGCUUAUGCAAGCAGGACCAAUCAGGAAUGCUUUGAAGAAGCUUUUCUUCCAACUCUGCAAACAUUGGCCAAUGCCCCUGCAUCUUCUCCUUUAGCUGAAAUAGAUAUCAUGAAUGUUGCUGAGUUGCUUGUAGACUUAACAAGACCAAGUGGAUUAAAUCCUCAGACCAAGAAUUCCCAAGAUUAUCAGGCCUUAACAGUACAUGACAAUUUGGCUGUGAAAAUUUGCAAUGAGAUCUUAGCAAGUCCAUGUUCACCAGAAAUUCGGGUCUAUACAAAAGCCUUGAGUUCUUUAGAGCUCAGUAGCUGUCUUGCAAAAGAUCUUCUGGUUCUACUAAAUGAGAUUCUGGAGCAAGUAAAAGAUAGGCUGUGUCUGAGAGCUUUGGAGAAAAUGAAGAUUCAGUUAGAAAAAGGAAACAAAGAACACGGUGACCAAGCUGUAGCAGCCCAAGAUGCCAAGAUGACAGUGACUACUAGUCAAAAUGAAGAUGAAAAGAAUAAGGAAGUCUAUAUGACUCCUCUCAGGGUUACGAAAGCAGCCCGAACAUCAAAAUCCACCCAGCAAAAGACUAACCGAGGACGGAGAAAAGUGACAGCUUCGGCUAGGGUGAACCGAAGACAUCACACCGCUGAGGCAGACUCUGAAAGGUAUGCCAUGCGUGAUCAUGAAGUUCCAGAACCAGAAUCAGAAAUGAGGAUGAGAUUACCACGACGAGCCAAAACAGCAGCACUAGAAAAAACUCUUGCCUUCUUACAGAACUGAGUAAAAAGAACAGUGCCACGUGUAAGCCACGUACUUCAGAGAUCACUCAGAUACACUGAACAAAAAAUUGCAUAUACGGAUUACAUUAGUAAACUUCAGAAAGGGCAUUCCUUACUUAACCUGCUGAGCCUGGCAAGAUUCAACCCCACAACUUGUCCUUUAGCCUACCAGUCUCCGAGCCACCUUGAAACAGGAAGAAGGAACUUCUGUUGAACGCCUGCUAUGUUCAAGGCACUUUUCAAAUCCAUUAUCUCGUUUAAAUAUUACAACAACCAAGCGAGGUUAGUAUAACAAAAAUAAAUCCAUUGCUGUUGUGUCAAUUCCAACUUGAAGCGACCCUACGGGACAGAGAACUGCCCCAUGGUUGGUUUACUUAUCCUAAUAUAUGAUAAAAGUGAGUCUCAGUCAAGUACAAAUAUGCCCCAGUUACUGGGCUAGAAUUGGAACACAAAUCUGUUCUCACUUCAAAGCCUUUGCUCUUUCCCUUAUACUUAACUAAUUAGCUCUCCAAUGAGAUUAUUAAGUUAUCAGGAGUAAAUGUAGUCUUGUCUUGAUGGUAAAAAACUGUCAAGUUGUCCAGACUGCAUGUUGGCCAGCUCAACAGAGGAACAAGUGUUGGCAUCCACAGGGUAUUUAUUCUGGCUGCCUAAAUCACAGAAUUUCUGUAUUUAUGUAAAAGUUUGUAGCUUGUUUGGAUUAAUAUCAGGUUGGACAGUUCUCUAUUCAACAUUAUUGCCUAAUGCACACCCUCUGUUCUGGUCAGACUUGUAUCUUAUUUCACAAACUCAUUAAACACAAUUCCUAUCCAUUUGUGUUGUUCCCACGUGGGAAAACUUACCCUCCACUUUGUUUAACCAACCCAUAUUUCAGGUCCUGACCCAAAUCACACAAUUUGGGUAUCUCCACAGAUUUCUGGGCUUCUAACUCCCCUUCGGGAGCCCUGGUGGUGCAGUGGUCUGGAGUUAUGGCUGCUAACCAAAGGUUGGCAGUUUGAAUCCACCAGCUGCUCUUUAGAAACCCUAUGGGGCAGCUCUACUCUGUCCUAUAGGGUCGCUCUGAGUUGGAAUUGACUCGAUGGCAAUGGGUUUUUUUUUUGUUUUGUUUAUUUAACUCCCCUUUACACUUAAAACUAUUCUGGGUUGUCUGCUAUUGUUUCGUGUGUGAUAGUCUGGUAGCACCUACUGGACCUGAAGGGAAGGAUGUUAAUAUUCUUAGCUCUGGAGACACAUACGGUGCUGAAUACACAGCAGCAGCUCAGUGAAAAUUUGAUGGACGUUUGUAAAAAUCAUGUAAUGAAACAUCUGGGACAGAGUGCUACUCUUCAGAAUCACAGAAACGUGAGUCCGAAGGAUAGUCAGUCCACCCCCCAUGUAAUGCACAUGUACACGUGUAAUUCCUUGUCUUAAAUAUUUAUGGUAGCCAAUUCACAUCUUCAAAUGUGAAUCCUUACACUUAGGAAUUGUAUAGUUUUUCAUACAUCAGCUCAUUUAACACUCAACUCUGUGGUUAGACUAAGUCGCUCCUCUGCUUUCUCCAACUUUAAGUCUAAAAAUCUUAUUUAUAUACUAACAAGGAAAUGAGGUGUCUAGUACUUAAGUGACUUGUUAGAGUUAGUAAAUGGCAACAUCCAGACUCCAGUAGCAUUUUUUCAGAUCCCUUUUGCAGCUUCAGCCAAUUGACUCAUUUGCCAUUCAACAAACCACAAUGUUUUGCCGUAUUUUAACACAGCUGUUGGAAUCGACUUGAUGGCAGUGAGUUUUUGUUUUGCUUUUUUUUUUAUCAUGUUCUCCCUAGGCUCCCAGGCAAACAGUGCCAGUUCCACUGAAUGACAUGGUUUCAACUAUAACUAUUAUAGAUAGUAGGUAAAAUGACAUAAACUACAAAGUAACUUAAAAGAUUACUCAUCAAAAGUAGCAAUCACUUUAAAGAACCAAAACAGAUGUGAUUAAUAAAAAAUAGGAGUAUAUUUAAGUCUCAGCUUGAUGUGUGACAGAUGAAAAAAAGAUCCAAAACAAUAUUUUCAUUCAUAUCAGAAAUCUUAACUGAUUUUAGAAAAAAAGUUUUAAUUGGUUACAAUUAUUAGAUUGAUGGCCUCAGGGACUUCAAGUUUUGGUCUUUGAGUAGGCAAAGCUCAGAUAAAGCAGUAAUGUUUUUCCUUCCUUUGAGGACUACUUAGUCUUCAUAUUUUUAUUUAUGCAUAAGGCCAUACACAUGUAUAGAAAGUAAGUACUAUUUUGUUUUAAAAAAGAACUAAGCUUUACUAGUAACGUACAGACUGUGUUUAAUUCAUAAGUAUAUAUACAGUUAAAAAGAACAAGUAGGUGUGCAGUCACGGUUUGGGCACUGCUGAUCCACCAAGUACCAUGGAUAGAGGAGUACAGUCAGCCUAUGAGGUGCUGGAACCAGAGACCUUAGAACAUUAAAGCUACAAGAGAUUUAUUUAUUUUUUAACAGAGAAACUAAGUUACAGAAAAAUAGAACGCUUUCUUUCCAGUGUCCUAAAGCCAGAUAUAUCUGGAGCAUUGUAAGAACCUUGCUAGUACUUACCAGAGCACUUUUUGUUUCCCUUUUCAAUACCAGAGUCAAUUAAAUGAUUUUACAAUCAUUUAUUGAGCGCUCAUUAGAAAAGCACUUUUGGGACACAAAGACGAGGAAGACAUGCUCCAUGUUCUCAGAGUUUGCAGUCUAGAGGGAGUGUUUAUAAACAUUCCUUUCUAUUUCAAAAUUAAAAUUUUGACUAAGUAGGUUUGAUGUCAGGAAUUUGUGCUGUAAUCAGACACAUUUGAACCAAGUGAAGGAUUAGUAACUGUUCAACUCGAUGUAAUUUUUAAGUGUUUUUUUUUGCUUGAAACUAGGUAAAAUUAAAUCAAUCAGUACAAAUGUUAUACAAGGAAAAGUCACUGCUCCUAGUCCCUCUUCUAAGGGCAACUCUUGUUACCAAUUUCUUGUGUAUUCUUCCAGAUAGUCUCUUCAUAAUGAAGUAUAGAAAUAUUUGUUUCAACAUCCCUUUACCCCCUACAUCAUUCUAUAGUUAUGUAUUUGCUUUCGAAAAAUAUAUACUUCGGAGAUUGUUUCGUAUCUGUAUAAUACAAAAACUUAGUUCCUUUAACAGCUACAUAGAAUUCCACUCUGGGUACAUCAAGAAUUUAUUUCACCAAUCAGUCCUCAACUGAUAUUUGGGCUGUUCUAAUCUUUUGCUUAAAAUAGCAACAAUGCAUUCAGUAUUCUUGUAUGUGUGUCCUUAAGUAUAUGUGCAAGUAUAAGGUUGAUUUCUAGGUGUGGAAUAGCUGGAUCAAAGGGUGUGUGCUUUUAAAUUUUGGUAUGUCCUUCAUAGUAUACCAAUGUACGCUCUGACCAAGAACGUAUGAAAAUGUCUUUCCUCACACUUUUACCAAUAAUAUGUAAUAAAACUUAGGGAUCCCUGAAAAUCAGAUAGGCUAAAAAGUGGAAUGUCACUGUUUUAAUUUGCAUUUCUUUUAUGAGGAAGAUUAAGCGUACUUUCACAUUUUAGAAGUCAUUUGUAUCUCCUUUUGGGUCCUUUGCCAAUGGGGAUAAUGACCUUUUUUAAUUGUUGUGUAGUUGUUAAGAAAAUUAAUCCUUUGUUACAAUCCCUCCUCCUCCUCCUCUCUCCCCCUAAUUUGUUUUCUAUCUCUUUAUGGCUAUUUUGGAGCCCCUGUGGCUCAGUGGUUAAGAGCUACGGGUGCUAACCAAAAGGUCUGCAGUUCAAAUCCACCAGCUGCUCCUUGGAAACCCUAUGGGGUGGUUCUACUCUGUCCUGUACAGUUGCUAUACAGUCUGUAUGCUGAGCAAAUAAUCUGAGAAGCUGGAUUAUAUGAAGAAGAAUGGGGCAUAAAGAAUGCUGCUUCAAAGGGAGGACAGCAGGACUAUGUCUCCGGUACUUUGGACAUGUUAUCAGGAGGGACCAGUCACUGGAGAAGGACUUUGGACAUGUUAUCAGGAGGGACCAGUCACUGGAGAAGGACUUAGGCUUGGUCGCUUGGUAGAGGGUCUCUGCAACAAAAAGGAAGACCCUCAAUGAGAUGGACUGACACAGUGACUGCAACAAUGGGCUGAAACCCAGCAAUAGUUGCCCAGGACUGAGCAGUGUUUUGUUCUGUCGUAUACAGGGUCACUAUGAGUCGGAACUGACUGGACAGCACCUAGCAACAGCAAUGCAGGGCCUAUGCUCUACUACCAUAUUUAAAAAAAAACAAAAAAAUUUGUUGCCAUCGAGUCGAUUCUGACUCGUGGCAACACUAUAGGACAGGUAGAACUGCCCCAUAGGGUUUCCAAGGAGCAGCUGGUGGAUUCAAACUGCCGACCUUUUGGUUAGUAACCAAGCUCUUGGGUUGUUUUAAUUCAGUCAUGACCCCACCUUCAUGUUAAUACCUAUUUACUUCUUCAAAAUACAUGUGAGAUAAGUGGAAAAGUGUCUGGUUUACAGGUUUCAGACACAAAGUUAUCCCUAAGGGCUAGUAGCCAUGACCCCACCCAAAAGAGCUGUACAGCAUGAAGCUUCCUCGUAGCAUCAUAGCAUUUAUCUAAAUAAGGAGCUUCUGCUCAUCUCUUUCAGCUUCAGGGGGAAAAAGGGGGGGGGGCAUAGAAUUCUUUUUGAGCUACUGUUAAGAGUAUUCUUUAGGUCAAGGGUUUCAGGGAGCACAAAUUCAUCUUUUCAAAGGGAGAAAGAAGUCAGCUGCUUGCAUAAAUUGGAUUUUGGUAUAGAAUUUGGAAUUUGAACAGUUACUAUAAUGUACCCAACAUCAUCAAAUUUGAAUUCGUCAAUUUAACUACAAGGUCUGGAUGACUGGUUACUUCCACCACAGAAUACCUCUGGAAAUGGUGUCUUCCAGUUUUAACUCAGUAAAAAUGUACUGAAUACCUACUGUGGUUCAGCACUACCCUUGAGUCUGCUAUCUCCAUGAACCUACCCAUAUAUUGUGAUAGGGUUGUUAAAUGCACAGGUCUAGAUCAGAGAACCUUCACAAUGUGGACAAUUGUAUUCCCAUGUUUCUGAUGUGUAAGUUAUAAAAAGGAAGAGUGAUUCGUCUAUUGGACUCUUUGAUAUUGAUGGUGCUGAGGCUCCAGGAGUCUUUAUAUGGAGAGAGGACCUUCGUGCCACAAAGCAGGGUUUGAGUUCUAAGGGGAGUUGGCAUGUAUUCAUCAACCAGGUCCGGUGGUAGCUUCGGUCAGAACUCUUCCCUCAGUAGCCAAGCAGUACCUAACUAAUACACUAGGAAUUAAACAAAGCGUGAUGGUGUCUGUUCUCAAGAAUUCUGUAGCUUAGUAAUGGGGCAGGGGGAGAAGGUAUACAUAAAUUACUGAGCUAAAAAAGCAGCAUGUGAUAGAGAGUAACUGAGAACUAACGGAUUACAGAGAGACUAAUCACAGCAGAAUGAGAGGCUCAAGAGAAUAUUUAAAAUAUUCAGGGAUGAGGAUUUUAGUAAGCUGGGGCAGAGGAGGUGUUGUAGAACCUGAGUUCCGAUCUUGAAUCCAACCACUGACCAGCUGGAUGCAUGUUCCUUAAGCUCUCUUAGCUCCAAUUUUUUAUUUACCUGGAAAAUGAAGACAGUGAAAACACCCACCUCAUUAUGAUAAUGUGAUUAUUAAAUGAGUUUACGUAAAGCACUUGGUAUAGGGACUACAUAUAAAAUUCUUGGUCUGCUGAUACAUUGUUAAGAGUCAAUAAAUGUGAGUUAAUGCUAGUACUCAUACAAAAAAUAAAAAGGUACAUGAGUUUUUAUUAGGAAUAAAAAUGGUUGUCUAUCUGUAUGGUUUGUUUCUGCAGUGUCCACCAUAUAAGAGAUUGUUAAAUGAGAGAAUUUAAGUCAGAAUUUUCUUCUAACUUGCUUUUAAUUAUCCAGUGUGAUUAUGUGGAGAAGCAGCAGAACAUGGUGAUUAAGAACAAGACUUUGAAAUAAGAUAAUGUUCGAUUACAACUCUAGAUUUCUAACUUAUUUGGAACAAUUUUAGGAAAAUUCCUUUUUUUUUUUUUUUCAAUAUAAAGAUGAUACAGAGAUUAGCACACUGGUGCAGGGUAGGUGCUUCAUAACAAGUAAGUGCUAUUAUAACUAUUAGAGAAAACCACGGUAGUCAAGAAUUCACACAAGAACAUGUAGAGUGGAAAAAUGUUUUUAUAACUGAGAAAUCCGGUAUCUACUUGAGUUUUUAGUUGAAUGGGAAAUAAAAGUAAUUAUAAUCAGAUCAAGGGGACAAAACCAAUCCUCUUAGAAAUCAAUGAACACAGUCUGUUCUGCAAAACAAUUUAGAAGACAUCCAUGACCAUGUAGGAUCCGAAAGACUUCCCCUGCAUUUAAUGAACUUGUAUAUUAAUACAACAAAACUGUACCUGUAACAGUGUCUUAAAUAUAAUAAGCAUUCAAAUAUCCAACAAAUACAUAAAUGUGACUCAGCCACCUUUAAAAAAUGAUUUAAAAAAGGAAAUUUCACUACUAACUUAAUGUGAAGUUAAAAGCAAUUAGCAAGCUGUUGCUCUAUAAUAACGCCAAUAAAUUAACAGUAAAGAAGGCAGAAGCUGACAUGACUUAAGAUGUUUUGGACUCUGUUCUCACCUGCCUUCUCAGAAUCUUAUCAUCAAUGCUCAUAACCAAUAAUUCCUGCUCCCCUUCCCCUCUGAUAUACCAUCUGUGGUAGACUGAUUGCAUUAAUAGCCCCAAUUCUUUACUCAUCCCUAUAUUCAGUCUCUUCAUUGUGUAAUUUUGUGGUGUCUUCCCAUUCUGCCUCACCCAUGUGAUGUGGUCUGGCCAAAUGAGAUGUCAGCAAAUAUGAUGCAAGCUGAAGCUUGAUAAAUGGUUUGGACAUUUCCACUUACUGAAACUUCUGCCUUUGCCAUGAGAACAUGCCUGGGCUAGUCUGCUGGAUAGAUGGGAGACACGUGGAGCACAUAUCUGAAAGGCGGCUAAUAAGAAGACAUGUGAGGGAGCCCAGUCAAGAUCAGAAGAACCUCCCAGUCUAAUUUGCCAGCCCACAGACCCAUGAGCAAAAUAAAUGUUUAUUUUUUUAAGCCACUGAGUUUUGGGAUGGUUUGUAAUAUAGCACUAUUGUGGCAGUAGAUAACCAUCUCUUCUCAACUGGAUCCUUUCCAUGGUGUUUAAACAAGUCAAAGAAUGUCUCUCAUUCUUUAACAAACAAAUAAAAAAGAAAACUUUAUUCAAUCACUCAUUUUCCCCAAGUUAACACUUUUAGAGACAGACUAAAGAGUUAUCCUAAAAUCACUCUCCAUUUUCUUACCUUCUUAUUCUUGAACCUACUUCCAUUUGGCUUCCAGUCCUUUGUCCUUUCACUCCACAAAAACAGCGCUUAAUAAAGUCACCAAUGACCCUCACAUUGAUAAAUUUAAUAAGCAAUCUUUCGUUCUCAAAUUUCUUGUCCUCUUAGGGACAUUCAACUCUGGUAGCCAUUCCUUCUUUCUUGAAAGUCAACUUCUCUUAGCUUUUGAAACGAAACACAUUGCUGGCUUUCCUUUUGUCUCGGUUAUCAGUCACUUCCACUGCAGGGCACCUUACACUACCUGGCCAAUAACUGUUGGAAUUUCUCCAGGUUGAGUCACAGGUCUUCUUUUCUUCUUAUUCUACACUCUCUCUUUAGGAGUUCUCAUCCAUACUCACAGUUUGGGUCAUCAGUGAUAUCCUAGAUAACUCUACCCACAGCUUACAUGUUACUUUUUCAGAGAGGGUUUUCCCAACUACUUAAAGUAGUUCCCUCUCUAAACUCCUAAUUGUCCAAUUUCAUUAAGACAAUUUAUUACUGCUUCAUGUUUUCUAUUUUGUUUCUCCCUCCCACUGAAAUACAAGCUUGAUGGAAGUAGAGAACCUUGUUGGUCUCGUUCAGUACUUUAUUUCUAGCACUGGUAUUAGACCUAGCAAUAGCUGAAGAUUGAUAAAUGUUUGCUGAAAGAUUUCAUCUGGCAUUGCUGCUUCUGGCCAUGAAGGAGUAACAGAAACCAGAUUUACAACUCACCUUAAAUAAGACAGAAAGAAAGGAGGGAAGAAAAAAAGGGGGCGGGGAGAGGGAGGAAGGGAAGGAGGAUCAUUUUAAGAAUCUGAAUGGCAGGAAGUGCAGUGAUCACCGAAAGAAGGGAAACAAAUUGGUCUGGCUUACUUCUGGAGAGUUUUUAGGCUGCAACACAGGGAGGGGAAUUCAAACAGAGAUCAGAAGUUUUCCUGAAUUGAGGACACAGAGUUUGGAGUUCAGGGAGACCAAAGUGACCACAAUUUGUGGGGCAGAGUACAGGAGAGGAGAGAGUUUCCAAGAGACAGUUUCUGAGAAUGAGAGAUCCCCUAGAGUCUAGCGAUGAAUACUGGUAAGUUUGAAUACUUCCUAACACUGUGAAAAGGGCUACUGAAAAGGACCAGGCAGAUAAUCCCUGGCUAUUACAUCAGGCUGGAUAUAGUUGUGUUCCCACUAGCCAAAAUGAAAAGACCUCCUAACAAAUGGGGCACUGUGUAGAGCUCUCAGGUGUGUAUUGAUAUUGCUUCAUAGCCCAUUGCUAUUGAGUCGAUUCUGACUCAUAGCAACCUUAUAGGACAGAGUAGAACUGCCCCAUAGGGUUUCCAAGGAGAUGCUAGUGGAUCUGAACUGCUGACCUUUUGAUUAACAGCCAAGCUCUUAACCACUGCACCACCAAAUUAGCCCUAAAGAGGUUUUCCCAACCCUGGCACUAUUAACAUUUUGGGCUAGAUAAUUUUUUGUUGUGGGAGGCUAUCUAUGCAUUGUAGAUUGUUUAGCUGCAUCCCUGGUCUCUACCCACUAGAUGCCCAUGGCACCCAAGUUAUGACAAUCGAAAAUGCCUUCCGACUCUGCCAAAUAUCCUUGGGGUGGGGGAAGGCAAAAUUAUCUCCGAUUGAGAACCACCAUCUUAGACUACAGGCUGUUCUGGUGUGCCUAAAAAAACAAGCCAAAUGUUUCUGAGUAACUUAACUGUGUUGCAGAACAAAGCCCCAAAAUAUUUAAAACAUAACCCCUCCCCUGACACACCCCAACACUCAACAACAUAAAAUUCACAAUGUCUGGCAUCUAAUCCAAAAUUACCGGGAAUGCAAAAACAUGAAAAUAUGGCCCAUAAUAAGGAUAAAAAUAAAUCAAUAGAAAUCGACAAAGUAAUAACAGAUGACAGAAUUGGCAGACAAGGCUGUUAAAACAGGUAUUUUAUGUAAACUCCAUAUGUUCCAGAAAUUGGGGAAAGCAUGAGCAUGAUGAGGAGAAAUAUGGUAGAUAUACAGAAGACUCAAUUUGACUUCUGGAGUCAAAAAUAUAUAACUAUAUAAAGAAAAAUAUCCUGUAUGGGAUUAACAGCAGAUUAGACACCAGCAAAGAAAAAUUUAAUGAGCUUAAAAACAUAGUAACUAUCCAAAAUGAAUCAAAGAGGAAAAAAAAUUAACAAAAAUGAACAGAGUGUCAGUGAUCUGUGGCACAAAAUACUUGUGACUGGAAUCCCAGGAGAGAAAAUAGAAACAUAUUUGAAGAAACAAUGACUGAGAAAUAUCCAAAUGUGAUGAACACUAAAAACUCACAUACCCCAAGCAGAAGAAACAUGAAGGAAACCAUGCCAAGGCACUUUCAUUAUCAAAUUACUGAAAACCAGCAAUAAAGAGAAAGUCUUAAAAGCAGCCAGAGGAAAAAAAGACACAUUGCAUACAGAGGAACAAUGAUAAGAAUAACAGCAGACUUCUCAUCAGAAACAAUGUAAGCUAGAAGACCGUGAAGCAAUGUCUUUCAAGUACUAAAAGAAAAAAAAAAACAAAAAAUUGGUCAAAGUUGAAUUCAAUACUAAGCAAAAAUAUCUUUCAAAAACAAAAGUGAAAUAAAGACUUUUUCAGACAUACGAAGGCAAGGCUGAGUUAAUUAACUGCAGACCUAAACUACAAGAAAUGCUGGAAGUUACUUAGGAAGAAGGAAGAUUAUUGGAUCUUUAUAACAAAAAUAAAGAGCACCAGGAAUAGUAAAUUUGUGUGAAAAAUGUUUAUUAUUUUAAAAAUAUCUUUGAAAGAUAACUGACAUACUGAGAACUUAUCAGAUUUGUGUAAUUAUUUAAGCAAUGUCUAUGUCUCCAAAUAAUCUUGACUCAUGAGGGCAGGAACCAUAUCUAUUUUUGUCCACCAUUAUACCCCAUGUGUCUAGCAUACUGCCAGACACAUAGGAGACAAUUUUUUUUGAAUGAAUAAAUUAAUGGAAUCUAUAGAAACAAGCUUCUAAAAUCUAGCUUUCUAUGUUUGUAAAGCACAGAAAGUAGCAGUUUUCCAGGUUGCCGGGAACUGGAGGGAAGAAAAUGCCAAGAUGCUAAUUAAAAUGCAACAAACAAAAAAACCUAGCAGGAUGAAACUGUCAGAUACCUGCCCAGUCUUGUCUUCCCAUUAAACCGUAGGUGAAUUCAGUAGGCUUACUAUAACGAUAGUCACGAGAAUCCUCAGCUCCACUAUAAAGAGAAAAAUUUACUGCCUGGGAAAAAUGAGAGAGAGAGGGAGAAAGGCAGCCAUGAAAGCUGAACUGAGAAUUUUGUAUUCCCAAGUGAAGAAAUAGAAAAGGAAGAAAAGAGGGGAGAGAAGGGAUGAACACUUAGACCCUGAGGCAGGAACGUAUCAUGAUACGAAGCACUGAAAUCAAUCUCUAACAGGUAGUAGCAGCUGGUUGAGGAGAAGGGUGACCCUUGAACUUACCUCAGAUAAAAUAAAAGCAGGCUUGGACGCUGCAGGGCCAUUCAAUAAAGAUUUACAAAACAAAACCAUAUUGGCACUCAUGGCUCUUCCAGCACCACUCUGCUGGAUAAUAAAACAGGUCUUGUCCCAUAAAAACAAAACACUAACAUGUCAGAAAGCAUAAGAAAUAUACUGUACUGUGCGGGGAAGGGAGGGAACGGAUGGGAAGUUGGGGAUGAAUGGGAUAGAAUGAUUUCAAUCAAUUAAAUGAAAUUUCCAUGGCAUUUUCCCCCCUAGCCACGCUAUAUUAAAAUUCUAAGGAUUUAAAGCAGGGUUGGCAAAGUUCUUCUGCAAAAGGCCAGAGAGUAAAUAUUUUAGGCUUUGCAGGUCAAGUGGCCUCUGUUGCAACUACUCAAUUUGGUAUUCGGUUACUCUAGCACAAAAACAGCCAUGGAUAAUAUGCAGAAGAGUGAGCAUGGCUGUGUUGCAAUAAAACUUUAUUUACACAACCAGGCCCUGGGCUGGACUCCCAGAUUUAGAAAAUUAAUCCUAUGCUUGAAAAUAGUUCUGUACUCCAUAUCCACUAGUAUGGACAAUCAGCCAGAUUAUCUUUUCUCAAGUUACACUAAUUAUAUGUUGCCAAAGCAAAAACAACUUGGCAUAUCUUUUAGAUAACCUCUUUGAGUUCCACUAUAGGUAAUAUCUAAUACAAUGUCUGGCAAAUCACAAUUCAGUGAUUGUUAAAUAAGUUGAAUGGUUUUCUAUAAAAAACAUGGGGCAAUUAGUCGGAAAGCAGAAUAUCCUGAAAAUUCAGUAAUGGUUGAAACAGCAAUGGGAUAUAAAAUAUUCAAGAAAAAUUUUAAGAAAAAAUAUCAACACACUGGAUUAUCAAAGUAGCUGCUUUAUAUUUUAAUAAAGUAUUGUGGCAAAAGUUAGAAACACUUCAAAACUUAAAACUCUUGCUUUACUCAGUUUAUCAGAGAAUUAUGAUGGGGUAAAAAAAAAAAAAACAACCAAAACCUGACCGUAAACAAAAGGUGUAUUAAUUAAAAAUUCCUAAUUGUAUUAGAAUACUUUAAACAGAGUCAAAGUAAUAAUUUUACUUACGGCAUUGGCAAUUAGCAAAGCGGCAAUAUGAAGCCCAUAUAAAAAAGAAUGUGUUGAUGAACUGAUUAGUUUUUAUAUUAAAAUAUCUACUUCAUUUCAUCCAGUUCUCACCAAAUGAAGACUAUGAACAUGCACUUGCGAAGACACUGAUCUCACAUAUUUCCCCAAAUUCACAGUAAAUAUUUUCUCAUUAUGACCUGUAAUACAGAGAGUAAAGCCUCCUGAGCUGACUCCUUCCACAGCUGUUCUUAGCUCAACAUGAAAGAAAUUCUAAUAUACAGACCAAACAGAAUGAAAUCAUCUUUGGCUUCAAGGUGUAUACCACAGUGUUCUCUUAUGUGUUAAUAAAGCACUUAAAAUUUAAUUUAAAUUACCCUAACUUAAUUUAUAUACAACUGGGCAACUAUAACGAGGAACAAUAUAAAUUAAUUUCUCUAUUUACAGCCAUUACAUUCUCUCUAGGACUAUCACAGUAAAACACAGAGAAACCCUUGCAGGAAGCUAUGGAGAGCGGUGUUUCUCAAUCACGCUCCCCAAACUAUAUCCUGCGGGAUACUAACAGUUUAAACGGUAAGGCCUGGGGAAUGUGACUGAACGUGCUAAGGGGCGCUGUGACUCCAGAACAGGAGAAAGAACUGCGCAUUGCCCAACCAUAUCUGACCACUGAACCCUUUGCACACAGAGCAUCUUGGGGGACUAGCAGUCCUUGGAAUACAUCUUUGGAAAUGUUUGUGUACCGGAAAUGUUUCUCUAUCAAAAUGUAAUUUGGAAAAUCAUUCACUUUUAGUUUUUCCAUUAAUGAUAACGAUGACUUUUGAACAACGGCACAUGAAGACGCUCUUUAAAUACUGCAUUAAAAUGCUCAAGGACAGCCUGUGCCCAGGGCUGUCUCAAUCAUACAAUUUUAAAAGAACACGUUAAGUUAGGACUCAGAAAGUGUAGUAAAAUGUUCAAAGCAGGAUCAGAGGAGGAUGCAUUGCUGUUAUACCAGCUAGUUGGAAACCACCCAUCAGUUAUAAACCUGUGUGAAAAUCAGAAUCCGGAAUGGAAAAAAAAUGAAUGUAUAUAUUCAGUCAUUUCUGCAGAUAGAGUUCAAAACAGGAGAAGCUGCUAAACUGAACUGUUUUCAGUCAUCUCAGAAUCCAAUUCAAGCAUCUACUUACAUUUCUGAAUUUUUAUGGGAAAAUUAAAAAAUGCCUUAGGAUGAAUACUGCUAGUAUAAAUGCUUCAAGUUCAUAGUAGGGUAUUUUUAGUCUUAAAAACUUCUGAGAUGUUCAAAUUCAGCUUGUUUACAUCCAGAUAUUUAUCAAUUAGAAAAAGGCACAUAUUACAUAUUUGUUUUGGGAACUCAAGAUAUGGACAUUAAAAAGGCUAUAUGAUUAUUUUCAAUAGCCACCCUUCAUUUUGGGACAUUAUCACCUCAAAAAUCAUCUCCUGUGACUGGUUAUUCACACACCCCAUCUUGCCCCCAAAACUAUACUGUGUGCUACUGUUUGAAAGUCUUUUUAAAUUCCACUAUUCACAAAAUAAAGGAUAUAUUCCUGGCUUGAUCUUUGUCCUUCUGUUCUACCCUCUCGGUCACCCGAAAACCAAACGAAACCAAUUGCUGUCGAGUCAAUUUUGGCUCAUAGUCACCUUAUACGACAGAGUACAAUUGCCCCAUAUGGUUUCCAAGGCUGUAAUCUUUAUGGAAGCAGACCGCCACGUCUUUCUCCUGAGGAGCGGCUGCUGGGUUUGAACUGCUGUCCUUUGGUUAGUAGCCCAGCACUCAACCACUGCACCACCAAAGCUCAACUACUUUAAAAUGCAAGGGUCCACCUUACAACCUGGCAGCUGAGAUAAAACCAAACAGCUGUGAAGUCAUGUAUCUCUCAAGACAGCUCUUACCCAUUCUCCACAAGUAUUUUAAGCCUCAUCUACAUUCCUCAAUCCCACCACAUUAUUUGCUUCAUAGAAAACCUAACAAAACAAACAAGACAAAAAAAAAACAAAAAAAAACAAAACUAUAAUAUCCUCUACAUUCUGCCCAUGAAUUUAUAAACUCAUUGCAUCCCAGCAUAUUUUCCCCACUUCCUUCAUGUUCUAAGAGAGACGUGACCAAGGCUACCCUUUCUAAUAAUGGCCCAGAUGCUAUCCUCAGUAACCAACUCAGGAGCUUCACUCCAUUUCCACUGCUCCCAUCUCGUUUUCGUAUCUUCAGCCUUUCAUUCUCCACUGGUUUCUUUCCUCUGGCAUCUAAACAACUUUUUUGUUUUUAAACACCUGCCUUCAACCCCAAGUCUUCCUUCAGCUACUUCUCUAGGAGUGCUCUCUUAUAUCUCACUGAAUGCUGCCCCCAUCUGCCCAGAUACUCAAGCCAAAAACCUGGACCUUACCCUUUACUUCUCUGCUCUUGAAGACAUAAAGAUUCUGUUCCAUCCAUCUCUCUCGAAUUUAUCUAUUCUUCUCCGCCUUUACUGUCACUACCCACCCAGUGGGCUCUGUGGAAGAAAGGUCGGCGAUCUACUUUGGUAAGGAUUACAGCCAAGAAAACCCUAUGGAGAAGAUCUUCUAAGUAACACACGGUUGACAGCUUGACGACACCUAACAACAACAUUAGGGAUCAAGACACUUUUUCAUUAACUGACGUUAACCUCACAAUUUAGGGUAGGCUUCCCUCAGUAGCUUUUUGUUUCACCAUUCUACUGCAUCCCCCCAUCCAUGAUUCCUAUUUUAUGCCUCAGCUUUAGUGAACUUAACUACAGUGAAAUUACUCAGGGUAACCAACAAGCCAUGCUCUCUUUCGUCCCACAGGUUUUCCACACGUAGUUUGUUCUGCCUGAAACAUUUCCUUCUUGACUUCUCAUAGCCUUGAAUACUUCAAGCCUCAGUGUAGAUGUGACUACACAGGAAACCGUGCUUAGCUCCCUGGAUCUGGGUUGUUUCUCUCACAUGCUCCUACAGUCCAACUGUUGCUCCUACCAGAGCACAGAGCACUCAUCUGUCUACUAGGAUUGCCGAUUCAUUCUUCUCUCCUCCUGAGAUUAUAAGCUCCGUAAAAGCAGAAGCCAUGACUUUAAUCCUUCUCUCUCAUGGUACACAUUUAAAGCAUAAAACACACUGUAUUUAGUGAAGAAAUAAACAAUGUAGGCCUUGUUUUCUCACGUAAAUGGAAAGGGAGCUUUCUGAGCCUUGCACAGUAGGCGUUCAUUAAGGAUUUGUUGAAUUAUGACUACAAUGAUCUAGAAUGACAUUUCUUCUCCCUCCUCUCCCUGUCUAUACCUGAUACAUGCAGUGCACAUGUGGCGAAGUAUAAAUUUUAAAACUCCCCUGUAUUAAAUUAUAUCUGGAUAGUUCAUGUCAAAAUGUACAAAAACAAGACAUUCAUGGUUUUUCAUCAAUAGAAAUAUUUCAUAAUUCACUAUACACAUUGCCUUAAAAUUUUUCUACAAAAGUCCUGUUGUUAAAAGUUUCCCUCAAGUCUUCAGCCACCAAUUAGUCUAUGAAGAAGAAACACAUGUAAAACUAAUAAUGAAUUUUAGCAUCACUUCCAAAAAAGGCAAAAAGAAGUAUGGAAUAUCAAGAAUAAUGAGGGGGGGGGACACUUUAAGAAAACAUUUAAAAACCAGAUAAAUAUACCAAAUGUGGCUAUAAAUACAACUUUGUUAGAAAAAAAAAUCCUUGUUGAUUAAAAAAAAGAAUAUUAAAAAAUAGAGAAGGAAAGUUAUCAGUAAAAGACAAAUAAAAUUUUAAUCAGAACAGGAAAUAGUACUAGUAGUUUAAAAAAUGAAAAAAGGGUAGAUGAAAAAUGACUCAAUAUGAUACUAAAAAUUUUUAAAAUAUCCCCAAAGUAUUUUGAAAUUAAUUUGAAAAAGCAAUAAUAAGACAUCUCCCAUUUUACUUUUCUAGGAUGAUGUAUUUAUAGGGUGACGAAUCAUAUUAAAAUAAAUUGUAUACUUGUUCCUUAGGAAUAACAACGGUUAAGAAGCUGGAAAGACAAAAUACGGUUCUGUUGUGAAACAAAUUAAUACAAACUACCUUUGCUAAACUGUAACAAGCAUGAAAUGAGGAUGGUAGAGAGAAUUAAAAAUGAAACUUUACACCUGACUCUCCACUUACAAAAGUCUUUUAAAGGAAGUGUGGGUAUCUCUAGGUGAAUUAUCAGUUGCUUUUUUUGUAGUUGCUAUUUUUAAUCAGUACCAAAUUAUUUACUCUUCUUUUCUUUCUGACAGAAUAUUACGUUAUUUUUGUUACAAUGUUAUCCUGAGGGCAAGAGACAAAGGACACUCUUUUCAGUUUUGAUUCAUCUUUCAAUGAGACUACUUUGACCACCUUUAUAAUUGAGCAUUAGAUAUUACUUAAGUGGGUAUUUUGAAUUAUUCGGUUAAAUAAUUAACUUUGGGGGGCCACAGUAAUUUAACCUAUCAAAACUCUAGAGUUUCAUUACUGCUUUUAAUAUUUUAAUAAAAGACCCAAUACUAUUGGUUUUAGCCUUUAAAAAAGGUAAAAAGUAACAAAAAUAAAACCAGUAACACCCUAAUUCCUCCCCCCCACAAAAAUAAGCUUCCCUAAAAUGUACAGUGUAAUAAUGAAACCAUAUGAUAAAA